AUGCAGGAGAUACCGUUCUGCCUCAGAGUUGGACACCUUCUCCCCUACUCCAUGUCAGAUUCCAACACAACCGACUUCACCAACCCCUCCACCUUCAUCCUGCUGGGCAUUCCUGGCCUGGAGGCAGCCCAUGUCUGGAUCUCCAUCCCCUUCUUCACCAUGUACGCCAUAGCCAUCUUGGGGAACUUCACCAUCCUUUUCAUUGUGAAGAUGGAGCCGAGCCUCCAUGGGCCCAUGUACUAUUUCCUCUGCAUGCUGGCUGUCAGCGACCUCAUCUUGUGCACAUCCAUCCUCCCCAAAACACUGAGCAUCUUCUGGUUCAAUUCCAAGGAGAUCAAUUUCAGUGCCUGCCUCACUCAGAUGUACUUCAUUCAUUGCUUCUUACUGAUGGACUCUGGGAUCUUGGUGGCCAUGGCUUUGGAUCGCUAUGUGGCCAUCUGCGAUCCCCUGAGACAUUCCACUACCUUGACAAACUCUGUAGUGGCCAAGAUCAGUCUGGCUGUGGUGCUGCGCAGUGGCUUGCUCGUUCUGCCCUAUCUCCUCCUAGCGAAGCGGUGGCCAUAUUGCAGAACUAACAUCAUUCCUCACACGCACUGUGAGCACAUGGCCGUGGUGAAGCUGGCCUGUGCCGACACCCGUGUCAGUAGUUACUAUGGCCUCUUUGUGAUAUUCUGUGUGAUCAUUCUGGAUGUAUUUUUCAUUGCCGUGUCCUAUACCCAGAUCCUCAGGGCCAUCUUCGGCCUCCCCACUAAGGAUGCCCGGCUCAAGACUUUUGGGACCUGUGGCUCCCACCUCUGUGCCAUCUUAGCCUUUUACAUCCCAGGUCUCUUCUCCUCCCUCACGUACCGGUUUGGCCAGAAUGUGCCCCUGCAUUUCCACGUUCUCAUGGCCAAUAUGUACCUCCUGGUGCCCUCCAUGCUAAACCCUAUUAUCUACGGGGUGAAGACCAAGCAGAUCCGGGACAGGCUGCUCCAGCUCUUUACUCAUAAAGGGAUCUAA